CUGUGUACAGCAGAAGUGAGAAGAGAACCAAUGAGCUGAAAGAUAACUCAAUCAAUCUGCUUCCUCUGUCUUUGCUUCAGUGCCUCAUACAGGAAAUCUAUUGCUGUGUUAAGUUCCAGAGAAGAGUUUCUUCUGCUCCAAGUUACUAAUCAGUCAGAAACACAUAGAGCUGAAGGAAGGGGCCAGGAGGAAAUAGCGUUCCAAUGCUGAUGGGCUAAGAGGACUCAGCACGAGAGUCGACUGAGAGAGACCCACCAUGCCUACAGCUCCUUUCAUACCUGUGUGGAGGAGGAGGACUGAGUGAAGGGCGGAAAGUAAGAGAACCGAAAUGCCCUGCUUCUGGAGAAUUGACCUACAGUUACUACUGAUGUUGGCUGUCUUCUUAGUGGCUGAGUGUGUAAGUACAGGAGUGGAAGGUCUUGUCACAUCAAGCAACUCAACACAGCAAAUGGACAAGGACAAGAACAGUUUGGGUUUACAGAUGGACAAAGAGGAGAACUCUUCAAAACCUCUUACAGAAGAUGUGAUUGUAACAUUAUGGAAAAUAAUCCUCAGAAACAAGCCUCACUGCAUCAGAGCCCACAAGAGAGCUACACACAUGACCACAAAAACAAACUGUACUGAUGAGAGAAUGACCUGGCCCUACAGACCUGACCAGAAUUCUGUCCUUCAGAUUGAUCCGGUGGUCAUCACUCAUGAUGGGUAUUAUGAGUGUCAAGUGGUAACACCUGAUGGCAAUUUCCAUUAUGGAUAUCACCUCCAAGUGUUAGUGGUCCCUGAGAUGACCCUGUUUGAAAAUAAUACUAGGACUGCGGUGUGUAAAGCAAUUGCAGGGAGGCCAGCUGCCCGGAUCUCCUGGACCCCAGAGGGAGACUGUGUCCCUGAGCACAACUCCUGGGACAACGGCACAGUGACUGUCCAGAGUACAUGCCACUGGGCAGACAGCAAUGUAUCUGUAGUGUCCUGCUCUAUCUCCCAUGAGACUGGCAACUGGAGUCAGUCCUUAGACCUGAAUCAAGUUUAUUCAUCCCUACCUGUAUUGGUGGAUACAAAGGCUGUGUUAUAUUGCCCUACUGUCCCGUUGACAGAUGUGAUUGUAACAUUAUGGAAAAUAAUCCUCAGAAACAAGCCUCACUGCAUCAGAGCCCACAAGAGAGCUACACACAUGACCACAAAAACAAACUGUACUGAUGAGAGAAUGACCUGGCCCUACGGACCUGACCAGAAUUCUGUCCUUCAGAUUGAUCCGGUGGUCAUCACUCAUGAUGGGUAUUAUGAGUGUCAAGUGGUAACACCUGAUGGCAAUUUCCAUUAUGGAUAUCACCUCCAAGUGUUAGUGGUCCCUGAGAUGACCCUGUUUGAAAACAAGACUAGGACUGCGGUGUGUAAAGCAAUUGCAGGGAGGCCAGCUGCCCGGAUCUCCUGGACCCCAGAGGGAGACUGUGUCCCUGAGCACAACUCCUGGGACAACGGCACAGUGACUGUCCAGAGUACAUGCCACUGGGCAGAGAGCAAUGUGUCUGUUGUGUCCUGCUCUAUCUCCCAUGAGACUGGCAACUGGAGUCAGUCCAUAGACCUGAAUCAAGGUGUGAGAACAUUUCCAGUGUCACGCUUACUGAUCAUACUCUAUGUGAAAUCUUCACUUUUCUUGGUUAUCCUGGUCGUCGUGGGAAUCAUCUGCUUCCAGAGCAGAUUUCUAUCCAAAACAUGCUUUCCUUGGCCACAUCCCCAGAGGACUGUGAAGUCAUAGUGCAUAAACUAUCCAACUCUUACCUCUGCAAGAUGGUAAAACAGACUUGAGACUUGCAGAUUGCAGCUGUUCUGGGGCAAGGACUCUGGCCAGAGGAAACCAGCUGGCGCACUGGCAGUGCACACGCACACCCCGGAGGGCUGUGCAGCCAUCCAUCUUCGGGCUGUCAUCAAGCCUGAGGGCGAGGCCAUCUCUGUUCAUGCAAUCACUCCAAAU